AUGAAAGACGGCCGCGGCAGCCACAAGCUCUCCCACGUCAUCGCCGACAUGUCCGCCGCCAAAAGUUACACCCUAAUCGCCCUCGCCGUCGUCACCAUCCUCUCCCUCGCAAUCCUCGCCACGUGGCUCGUCCUCCUCCCACAAAAGCCCACGUUCGCCCUCCAGGACGCCACCCUCUACGCCUUCAAGCUGACCAACUCCAACCUCUUCCUCACCACGACUUUCCAGGUCACGCUCUCGUCACGCAACCCGAACCGGCGGGUCGGGGUCGACUACACCCGCCUCGGGGUCUACGCCACGUACCGGAACCAGCAGAUCACGAACUCCACCGUGCUCCCGCAGAGCUACCUCGGGACCAAGGACAUGACGGUGUGGUCCCCGUUUUUGUCGGGUGUCGACGUGGCGAUCUCGCCGAAUUGGGUGGAAGGUGUCAGGCUCGACGUGGAGGCCGGAGAUGUGAUCGUGGACGUGAAGGUGUACGGGAGGUUGAGGUGGAAGGUCGGGUCGUGGCUGUCGGGGACGUAUCAUUUGGCGGUGAACUGUCCUGUGUAUCUCAAGAUGGCCGGACGAGCGGCGGAGGAGGGUGGUAACGGCGCCGGGGCCGGCGCCGGGGGAGGUGGUGGUGGUGAUUGGGUUGCGGUUAUUGGUGGUGUGAGGGGUGGGGUUAGGUAUGAUGAGCUUGAUCAAGGUUGCAAUGUUGUGGUGUCGACUUGA